GUUAUCCUGAAUACCAGAUGCCUAACAAUUUUCCUUCCAGCAUUAGCUAUUGUUUUUUACUGCCUUUAAAAAGAUCAAAAUUACUCCGGAAAUUGGAGACACACUUGAUCUAAAAGAAAAAACUUGAACAAAUGGACAAUAUGUCUAUUACGAAUACUCCAACAAGUAAUGAUGCGUGCUUGAGCAUUGUACAUAGUUUGAUGUGCCAUAGACAGGGUGGAGAAAGUGAAACAUUUGCAAAAAGAGCAAUUGAAAGUUUAGUAAAGAAGCUGAAGGAGAAAAAAGAUGAAUUGGACUCUUUAAUAACAGCUAUAACUACAAAUGGAGCUCAUCCUAGCAAAUGUGUUACCAUACAGAGAACAUUGGAUGGAAGGCUUCAGGUGGCUGGUCGGAAAGGAUUUCCUCAUGUGAUCUAUGCCCGACUGUGGAGGUGGCCUGAUCUUCACAAAAAUGAACUGAAGCAUGUUAAAUAUUGUCAGUAUGCAUUUGAUUUAAAAUGUGAUAGUGUCUGUGUGAAUCCAUAUCACUAUGAACGAGUUGUAUCCCCUGGAAUUGAUCUCUCAGGAUUAACACUGCAGAGUAAUGCUCCACCAAGUAUGUUGGUGAAGGAUGAAUAUGUUCAUGACUUUGAGGGACAGCCGUCGUUAUCUACUGAAGGACAUUCAAUUCAAACCAUACAGCAUCCACCAAGUAAUCGUGCAUCGACAGAGACUUACAGCACUCCAGCUCUGUUGGCCCCAUCUGAGUCUAAUGCUACCAGCACCACAAACUUUCCCAACAUUCCUGUGGCUUCUACAAGUCAGCCUGCCAGUAUUCUGGCAGGCAGUCAUAGUGAAGGACUGUUGCAGAUAGCUUCAGGGCCUCAGCCAGGACAGCAGCAGAAUGGAUUUACUGGUCAGCCAGCAACUUACCAUCAUAACAGCACUACCACCUGGACUGGAAGUAGGACUGCACCAUACACACCUAAUUUGCCUCACCACCAAAACGGCCAUCUUCAGCACCACCCGCCUAUGCCGCCCCAUCCCGGACAUUACUGGCCAGUUCACAAUGAGCUUGCAUUCCAGCCUCCCAUUUCUAAUCAUCCUGCUCCUGAGUAUUGGUGUUCCAUUGCUUACUUUGAAAUGGAUGUUCAGGUAGGAGAGACAUUUAAGGUUCCUUCAAGCUGCCCUAUCGUAACUGUUGAUGGAUAUGUGGAUCCUUCUGGAGGAGAUCGCUUUUGCUUGGGUCAACUCUCCAAUGUCCACAGGACAGAAGCCAUUGAGAGAGCAAGGUUGCACAUAGGCAAAGGUGUGCAGUUGGAAUGUAAAGGUGAAGGUGAUGUUUGGGUCAGGUGCCUUAGUGACCAUGCGGUCUUUGUACAGAGUUACUACUUAGACAGAGAAGCUGGGCGUGCACCUGGAGAUGCUGUUCAUAAGAUCUACCCAAGUGCAUAUAUAAAGGUCUUUGACUUGCGUCAGUGUCAUCGACAGAUGCAGCAGCAGGCAGCCACUGCGCAAGCUGCAGCAGCUGCCCAAGCAGCAGCCGUGGCAGGAAACAUCCCUGGUCCUGGAUCAGUAGGUGGAAUAGCUCCGGCUAUUAGUCUGUCAGCGGCUGCCGGCAUUGGUGUAGAUGAUCUUCGUCGCUUAUGCAUACUCAGGAUGAGCUUUGUGAAAGGCUGGGGACCUGAUUACCCAAGACAGAGUAUCAAAGAAACGCCUUGCUGGAUUGAGAUUCACUUACACCGGGCCCUCCAACUUCUAGAUGAAGUACUUCAUACCAUGCCUAUUGCAGAUCCACAACCUUUAGACUGAGGCCUCUCGCUGUGGGGUCCCUUACCAUUAUCAGGAUGGUGGACUAUAAAAUACAAUCCUGUUUAUAAUCUGAAGAUCUGUUUCAUUUUUGUUCUGCUUUAUCUUUUCAUAAAGGAUUGAGAAAUGUGUUUGCUGCCUUGCUCCUAGCAGACAGAAACUGGGUUAAAACCGUUUUUAUUUUUUUCUAUUUAGAACUUUUCAGGCAUGGCUCAGAGCUUGAAGAUCAGGAAGAAUACAUUCUUAUUAAAUCUUCACCAGUUAUUUACGAAUGAGUCAUUCCAGUGCUGGGAAAUUUAACCCUUUAAAACAUCUUAGAGCCUUUUUUAUGCAGAACAUCAGUGUGUGUGUGCUAUUCUACAGAAUAAAUUCAACGUUGCUGAUUUUAAACAGAGAAGUUCUCAAAGUUAAUUCACCUAUUUUAUUUUGUGUGCAGAUUGUUAUUGUCAAACAUGCUUUAUUCCAAAAUAUUGUGCCAUGUGGGUGAGUUAAUAUUAUUAAGAGCAACUUUACUCUGUGUUUAAAAAACAGAUAGUAAUGUAUUAUAACCUUUUGUCCAAAAUAUUUUUUGCAAGUUAAACUAGUGAAGAUGAUUUCAAUUCAGAUUGUAUUGCAACCUCAGUUUUAAUUUUGCCAAGGCAAAACACUAAUCUGUGUGUAUAUUGAGAAUUCCUUAAAAUCACCAGACAAAGAAAUGUCAUUUAAAAUUACAUUUGUUAUACCUAUUGGAUGAAUAUUUAUCACUCAGUGUAUACUUUUGCCCCUUUAAACAGUAGAUCUACUCUUCUGUAUUUCUGGGCACAAGGUUGGUUACUAAGAAGCCUAGAAGAGGAAUUUUUUUCCUUCAUUAAUUUGUAGGGAAAGGCUUUGUAUUUUUAAAAACACUAAAAGCAGUGUCACUCUACCUACUAUCUCACUAUUCUGCAAAGGUGGCAAUGCUGAAAUAGUGAGUAUUUUGGAAACUGCUAAAUUCUAUGUUAAAUACUGUGCAGAAUAAUGGAAAUAAUGCAGUUCAUAAUAGGUAGUUUGGUAUUUUUGUACUUGAUUUGAUAUGUAACUUUUUUUUCAUAUACUGUUUAAAUCAUGUAUGUUAUGCCAUGUUUAAAAUUCAGUUUUUGUAUCUUGGGGCAAGACUGCAAACUUUUAUACCUUUUGGUUAUUCUAAGCCCUUUGCCAUCAAUGAUCAUAUCAAUCGGCAGUGACUUUGUAGAGAAAGUUUAAGUAGAAAAGUUGAAGAUGUAUCAGCUGUACCACAGACACAAUAUGUAUGCUUUUUACUAGCUAGUAGCAUAAAUAAAACUGAAUCUCAGCAUACACAGUUGGAUUCUAGGUUUGAUUUUUAAAAAUUUUUCUUUUGCACUUUGAGUCCAAUUUCAGUGGCAAAACACCUUGUACUAAAUGACAGGCAAUAGCCAGUUGUAUUGGGCAGCUUUGGUUUUUCCCUCACACUCUACCAGGACUUUUCCAUGGACAUGUGUAUCACUUAGAGUUGCUUAAUUUUUUAAACUUUUAUUCUACUAGAGCAAAAGUAAGCCUGCUUAUCUGGAAGACAAAUAGAUUGUCUGCAGGAUAGAGUGAAAUAAAAUCAAAUAUUAUCUUUCAGAUGCUUUUAAUUUUUGCUUGAGGGCUUUCUGUGAUUCUUUAAGAUGUGUUAUGCAUUUGAACUCCAGAUUAAACACAAGGAUGUACUUACUAGUCCUCUUCAUACGAACUGAAAUGAACAAGUCUAAGGCCGUGCUCAGAAGGUCUUAAAAAGAUGUCCUGGAAACCACUGAGUGCUUACUGCUGUGAUUUGAAUACAGACCUCAAUCCAUGUUACACAUCUUGUUUUGUUUUGUUUUUUUUUGGUACCGGGGAUCGAACUUCGGUCCUUGCACUUGUAAGGCAAGAGGUGGAACCGCUGAGCUAAAUCCCCGGCCCCACAUCUUUUUUAAGUAGCCUCUCCAUUUCUACUCUAAAUACUCAAAAAUACAGUAAAGACCUAAUUUUUUGUCUGUGUAAGUUUGGUGAUUUUAAGUUUUAUUGGCAGAAUUAUAGACAGAUACCUUCUCUAGAAAUUUUUGUCUUUAGGUUUGAUUCUGCAAGAGAAAUAGGAGAGGAGAGAAUUUUAGAAUAAGAGUUUUUAAACCCAGAUUACUUGAUUAGAACAUUAGCCAUGCAAUGGUAUAAUCUGUUGCCUCUUUUUCUACUUUAGGGAAGAUUUUCAUGUAUAAUCAUCUUCAGAAAGUGUGUGGAAAAUAUUUGCUAAUAAGUAUCUCUUUGGAGCCAAGCUACCUGUCUUGGUUUCUUUCUAAUAAGAGCCAUAAAAUAUAAAAGUACUUUUAGUUAUUAAUUGCUUAUAUUUUCCCUAGAUUGUCACAUGAUUUUGGAAAACAUCUAGUAUGUUAGCAAUUAUUCCUGACAGCUUGGUUGUUAAAACUGUAUUUGCAUUUCUUAGAGGUGGUUAUCUUUGAUGAGUAAGACUGAAGAAUCUUACUAGUUUAAAAUUUUAUAUCUAUUUUAGGAUAAAUAGCUUCUGUAGUUUGUAUAUAGUCUUAUGUGGGUAUGAUUUAAUCUUUAAUUAAUCUUUAAUUCAUAACUCAAAGACUCUCAGAAUGUUGUUGAAUUUCAGUAAAAGCUGAAUGAAAGAUGAACGAGGUACUUCUAGUGUGAGACCUGUUAGAAUUUGUCUUGUGCCUUUCUUUGCAUUAUCAAAGGGAGUCCUUAAUGGUAUUGCCUUUAUUUGUCAGGGAGUAAAUUGUUUUGCAGGAAUCUUUUGUUUUCUACAGUUUACUACUGCUAGUAUACAGUGGUAAUGAUAAUAAAUCACUGCCAUAUAACCUUGCUUUUCCAGAAACAUCGUCUGAUUUCUUUUGUCUUUACCAUUACCUAUUUUUGUCUUUACGCCUACCCAUUCCUUUUACAAACUCUACAGGUUUACAGAUUGGAUAGUCUGGAUUAAGGAUAACUAUACCUGGAACAUCCAAAUAACAGCACAUUAUUAGCUGUGUUGUAUUUCAGAGUCAAAAAUCCAUUUUUAUGGGAAAUGGUGUGAUUUGUAAUAGAAAUUUGGAGUACAAAGUAAAAUGUCUGUCUUUCAGAUUAUAAAUACCUUAUUUUAAAAGUUUUUGGUUAGUUGUAGUAAAGAGGGUUGCAGCUAUCUUUUUGACUGCACAGUCUGGAAAAAGAAAUUUUACAUUUUCCCAUAAUGCUCCCUGAGUAUCUGGAGGUGAAAUGUUUCCGCUCCAAGUCUCUUGGUAACUGGUUAAUAGUCACUUACUAGCUGUUUUGUGCAAAAUCAGAUUAAUUCAGACCCUUUUUGAAAGCCUUUUGGAAGGGGCAGUUUUAUUCUGAAUAAGGCAGAGCUGUUUUUGGUAGUUUCUGUAGUUGCUGUCUUUGUUGUCAUUUUAUUAAUUUAUUGAUAGCAAAUUGGUAAACUGGUGAAUUUAGGUUACUGAAGUAAGUAUACAAAAGCAGUUACCUGUAAAGUUAAUUAAUAACCCUUGUCAGUGGGGUAGGUAACACUCAGCUAGAAGAAAUACUUUUUUCCCCCUAAAGGCAGAACUCAUUUUGUUGCUGCUGGUGAUCUGUAAAUAAUCCCCUAAAUCCUUUGCAAGAUUAUAGAGAAUAGCUAUGAGAAUCUUGUGCAAGUCUUCAUUUUUUUCCUUAUGAUAAUUAGGUUAUUUUUUCUGUUAUAUCCAGAAAGAUAUAAAAAGUGGCUUAUUCAUAGCAGCAUUCUUGGCCCAUCAUUAUCCCUAUUUCUUGCCUCAUUGCUGCUAGAUUGUUUAUUUGGUGUCAUUGCAAAAUGAAAUUUUCUACAAACUUGCCUUACUAAGCAGGAAAACUUUUUUUAAGCGGUUUUUUUUUUUUUUUU